AUGAAGAGACUCGAAGGUCGAUCACACCAGAAGACGACAGCAUACUCCUCUCGACUAAUUGCCGGUUGGCGUUAUAGAAACAUCCUUGUCGACCCUGUUUCCGAGUCAAUCGUCUUCGAUUCCGGUGAAAAAGUGCUAAGCCCUUGUCGACAAUCCUAUCACAGAAUGGGCGAAGGCCUGGUCUGGCCUGAAAUUCAUGUGGGAAAACGUGAAUUCCAGGCCUUCACAAGCCGACACGAAAUAUGGCUCUCACCGUCUCGCCGGUCUGCGAUCGAUACGACACGACUAAAUUAUCCUGGGCUCUCGGUUCUCCAGUUUUGGCAUGCUCAGCCCGGCAGAAUUGAGCCAGUGUGGAUAGUGGCGUUUAAUACGUCAAUUAAGCACAAUGAGCGGAUCAUCGUCGUUUCGCUUUGCCUCGUCUGCCCCUCUUUUUUUUCUUUCUCUUUGCAAACACACACACAUUCGUCUAUCCAGGUCUCGCUACGCAUAGAUGGGCACUCAGAAUGCGACAGUAUGCUCCCGAUGCGUCUGGCUGGUCCAGACGAACAGCUCGACGUGACUCAGCUGCCUCGGUUUGCCUCGGUCGACGAGCGUCUGCGCCUCCGACCCGAAGGAAGCGGUCACGUGAGGAUACAACGAGCGAUACAACGCUCGGAACCAAUGGGAGGGCAGCAGACGGCUGGAGGCGUCGGAGCGAACAUUGGUCACUUAUUACCAGUUCUUUGCGCUCUUCGUGGUUGCCGGUCGUCUCAGAGAUUGACGUUAAGGCUGUUUGAUGUCCGCCAGGCAUUCCACGCUGCAUCGCCUCUCACAAGUGCUUUCUCUUCUGGCCUGAACAGCGGUUUGGCCCAGGGAAUCGGGAGGAUAAGCCGGCAAAAUGAAGAAGAACUGAGUGGCCAGGCCUCCCAUAUUGAUUUCACAGUGGUUCACCCUUUAUUUUACGCCAGUGUACCUGUGUCUGGUCUAAAUGUAGAAGAUCCGUACUUCGGCCGCAUUGGACAGCGAUGA